AGGGUUUUGUUUACAGUCUUUUCACUGCCUAUCUCCUCCGUCUCAAUAGUUGCAGCAGCAGAAAGAAGAAGAAAGGCGAUUUUCUUCAUUUUCAGCAAAAAUGGUGAAAGGUCGUGAAGGUGAACGUAUCAGACUCUACGUUAGAGGAACCAUUCUUGGAUACAAGAGGUCAAAGUCGAACCAGUACCCAAACACAUCAUUGGUUCAGAUUGAAGGAGUGAACACCAAAGAAGAAGUACAAUGGUAUGCUGGUAAGAGGGUGGCUUACAUCUACAAGGCUAAGGUCAAGACUAAUGGUUCUCACUACCGAUGCAUUUGGGGAAAAGUUAUCAGGCCUCAUGGUAACAGUGGUGUUGUUCGUGCUAAAUUCACCUCCAACUUGCCACCUAAAUCCAUGGGAAUGAGAGUUAGAGUGUUCAUGUACCCAAGCAACAUCUAAGGUUGAAGAUUACGUCUUGUGGUGGUGAAGUUCUACAUCGCAAACUUUAGUGUUCCGCUAUUGGUAGUAUUCAGUUUAAGUUAUCUUAUUUAGAACUAUCUUUUUGUAGUUGGUAAACAAAUUGGAAGUUACUGUUAAGUUUGAAAAGAAAGCUUUUGUGUCGGUGCUUUCAUAUUAAUUUUAAAUGCUAUUACACUUUUCAGUCAAUUGUUACAUUUAUAAGUGCAACAAAAAAUUGGAACUGCGAUGGGUAACUAUAGUUGGAUAUAUAUCUGGUUAACCAUGCAUCA